AUGUCCCAUUCCAAUCCCACUUUCUCGUCCAAAAAGGUUCCCGCCGCUGUGCAACGCAUCGAGCGCAAGCCAGGCGCAAACGCGGACGUCACAAUUACUGCUCAUAGCAUCGAGCGCAACGAAUUCCGCACUUCCGCUCGAUAUUAUCGCAAGGGUAGUAAGCUACGACCAAACAUGUGUAUUUUCAUCGCAGCAAGUAAUUCCAUCGCUGACGACCUUUUGAGCGGCACGACGGCCCCUGAGAAGAAGACCUUCCUGGCCAUGAAGAUGUUCGAAAUUGUCAUCUGCGAGCAAUGUCUCGAGUCUGUCGAAGGCAAAUCCACUAACUUGAGGAUAGUAAUUAAGGUACCAAGUCACUGUACUGUCACUACGUUCGCUGAGUACAAGAGAUCUGGGUACCGCGCCUUCUUGAUGAAGGCAGUUGACGCUCUUGAAUUCUUCAAGUCGAUGCAGGUGAUGGACGUAGUCUUGGAUCUCCCUCAUUGCUGUACUACAGACAUGCCAGACAUUGAUGCCGCUUGGGGAUUUGUCUUCCCGUUCUAUUCUUUAACGACGUUCACCAACUGGAAGAUUAGGUUUCAGUUUUAUGGCGGUCGUAGUCAAAUGAUUUUCAAGGCGAACCUCAGGAAGCUAGAUGAGAAGUACGACGCAUUCCGUGCAGGUGGGACAUAG